AUGCCCUUUUUUCUCAGGACAGGGCUGGUGGGCUCGGGGGUUGACAGCUCACUCACACGGCGCGAGGGCGAGCGUGACGAUGUUGUCGGAGGCGGAGAGAUUGGAGCCCGCCUUGACGAGAUACAUGCCGUCGCCGCUGCUACUGGACGAGGAGAUACGUAUGACUUGAAAGUUGUUAGUUGGUACGGAUACGACAACUCGAGAUGGCCAGGGGUAGAGACGGGCAAAGCCUCAGCAGCAAGCUUUAGCCUUUGCAUCUCCCUAAACAGCAAUCUUGGAAACAGGAAAUGCUCACCUGCGUCUGAGUGCAUCGUCUUUGCUCGGACAUGGACUACUUACAGCACUGCUUCUGCGACGUUGCUACAGCAGAAACAUGUGAAAGCGGCGUCGACGGCACAAGGUAUGGGGUACAAGGUUUGCACCUCGCCUGGCUGUCAAGGAGCCCAAGUUCCCAGUACGAAGGGCUCCGUGCCGCAGCAGACAAGGGACCAGGCCGUAAACAAAGAACGACGUGCGCUAGGCAAGCAUCAGCCAAGCACGAGGAACUGGCACAAGGUAAAAAAUACAGAGAGAAAAACGAGCGCCUCAUGGCCCGUGCGCCGGGGCAGGGCCUGGCAGCCAAUGGCAGCGCAUGUGGGCGAAGCCAGCCACCAGCAGGGCCCCACCCCAGGGCUGAUUCAGCCAGUCACAGGUGUUAAAAGACUCCCGGCCCCCCGCUCCCUCAAAUCACAUCUUCGCAUUUCCCUCGUCCUCUUCGCGAGCCUUGCCUCCUCCCACUCCACGACCAAUCAAUCCCGCCCUGCCCUGUCCGACGAACCAGCAGCAAUUGCGAGGUCCAAGACGGCGAAAAAAAGGGCCCUUCCCGCACCUCACGCGUGCAAUCAGAUUCGUCCGUCAAGGGAGCAGCGAAACAGCCAGCCGUGGCCAUUCACAGCGUCUCGACUAUCUCGUUCCGAUCCGCUUGCAAGCCGCGCGCAACGCCCGUCCAUUGAGCGUCUAGGCCGCAGCGUCAAACCUUGA